CUCCCUCGUGAUUUAGAAAGCCGGGUGUUUGUGUCAGUCGCGUACCUCAGACAAUAAUAUUUAUCUUCGAAAUAUAUUAAUCGUUUGUUUAUUUAAUUUCACAUUCUAAACUGGAAUAGACCUUGCGCGCUCGUUUAAAGUUCGUCUUGAGAAUCAAACCCAUCGGGCCUCGAUGAGAAGGGAUUUCUACAGGCUUCUUCUAGACCGGAUCCCUCAAGUAGACCUUCCCUACAUCCAUCUCUACACGACGGAUUUCGACCUCAACAUUGGAAUAACCCUCAAGGAGAACACUCAUUUUGGAUUAUAAUAUGCUUCUAUCAAAAUUCAACACAUUCGCUCAUAUUUCCACCGUGGACAUGCCGGCGAAAAUCCAGCUUCAAGUUAAGGAGAAAGAGCCGUUCGAGAAGGUGUAUCAGGUCGGCUCUGUGCUGGGAAGCGGCGGUUUUGGGACGGUGUAUGCGGGUUUGAGGAUCGCCGAUGGCGCGCCGGUUGCCAUCAAGCAUGUUGCAAAAGAUCGCGUGACUGAAUGGGGAGAGCUGCCCAAUGGCGCGCGCGUCCCAAUGGAGAUCGUCCUGUUAAAGAAGGUCGGCACCGGAUUCCGUGGCGUGAUCAAGAUGCUGGACUGGUACGAGCGACCGGACAGCUUCAUUAUCGUCAUGGAAAGACCGGAGACCGUCAAGGACUUGUUUGAUUUCAUCACGGAGAAGGGCGCGUUACCGGAGGAGCUCGCCAGGAACUUUUUCCGCCAGGUUCUGGAAGCGGUGCGUCAUUGCCACAACAACGGCGUCGUUCACCGUGACAUCAAGGACGAGAAUAUUCUCAUCGAUCUACGAACCGGCGAUCUGAAGCUCAUCGACUUUGGAUCGGGGGCAUUGCUCAAAGACACCGUUUACACCGAUUUCGACGGUACACGUGUUUACAGUCCACCAGAGUGGAUCAAAUUUCACCGCUACCAUGGUAGAUCCGCGACCGUGUGGUCUCUGGGCAUUCUGCUGUAUGACAUGGUGUGUGGGGACAUCCCGUUUGAGCAGGACGAAGAGAUCGUACGUGGACAGGUGCUGUUCAGGCGGAGAAUCUCCACAGAGUGUCAGCAGCUUAUCAAGUGGUGCCUGGCCCUCCGCCCUGCGGAACGCCCGUCUUUCGAGGACAUCAUCAACCACCCUUGGAUGCAGAACACGGCGCCCCCUACAGACAACACUGAGAUCAGACUGCACAGCAUCAGCCACGAGCAUCAGCCAGCUGCUUUCCCAGCAGUCACUGUGUGCAAAUGACUCUAUCUGAAUGCAUACGUAGAGACUUUCCAUUACAGCAGCAAACCACCCAGGGGACCUGCGGACUGAGCAGUGCAAAAAAAAAAAAAAACACAUGUUAUUCUUUUGUUUUGAGCAUUGCUGCUAGGCGGGAGUUCUAGGCUAGGCCAAAAAAGGGAGAGGUCCACCUUUUUAGUGAGAUCUGUUAUCUCUCAUCUCCUGCCCCCCUGUGGCUCAGGGUCCCAUAAGUCUGGCUCGUAGUUACCAAAUGACUGUCAACACUGCUGUCGGACACGGGUAGAUUGAGAAGCCCAUCUCAGCCAGUGUAGGGAGGAGCUCGGGGACGCCCGAUGCAGCGGCCGCGAGGAGUCGUGCUGCGAUGAGGGCCGAUCUGCGGCUUUGGUGCGCUGUCAGUGCUCUUCCUUUAGGAAGCAGAUCAGCCGAGCUUAAUAAUUUUAGUGCCUUCUGUGCAAGAUCAAGGGUUUGUUUUGUUUUGUUUUUUUGGAAAUACUUGAAUUGAGUAAUAGCCACUGUAACACUCUACUCCUUAACCAGAUGUCUUUUUUGAUCUUCUUGCUUCCACUUUACCUGCUCCUGGCAGGUAACUGUCAGUCUUACUCUAAUACGUCAGAGAGAGUAACCAAAUCGACCUCACAAACCUCUGCAGAAUGAAAAGUCUUACCUCACUCUUUCAAACCGCUGUUUAUUUUUCCUCUUCCUUUGUACUGAGUAACCCUCAACAACUACCACUCAUUGUCACAGAUGCACAAAGCAAUGCAACUACGACGUAAAAAGACUACAUUUUCUGCAUAUUAUUUUUGUUUAUAUUGUAAAUAGCUCGGUCAGAUGACUCAAUUCCAUGACGAGGCUUAUGUGUAAAUGAUAUUUAUUGGAGUGUCUUAAAAAAAAAACGAGAUUGAAGUGGAAGUAUUUAUUUAUUUAUUUAUAGAGAAACAAUUUUCUGCAAAGUUUUUCUCAUUCCACCACCGAAGGGCCCACAAAUUAUUUAAAUGUAUUUUUACCAUAUUUAAAGCCUUUUUUGAGAACGAUAUGUACAUAUGUUGUAAAUAAUCUUCGAAAGCACUUCUGUUUCUCGAUGCAUGGAGUACUGCUGAUGGUAAACCAUACCAGUUUGAAGUCCUGUUUGUCACCUAAUUUAAACUGUCUGCUGUGCAUAUGUUGGAGGAAAUGAACUCAUGAAUGUUUGAGGAACGAGUGAUUUUACAUGGUUUCUUUUUCACCUUUAGUAGGCAUGAUGAUUGCAACUCAGAUUUUGUUUUUCUGAUUUAGCAAUGUAAAUUAUGUUUAGAAAGCUAUUUUUUUACACAAUUGUCAAUAAAUAUUUUUUUAACAUUCA